AUGCAUGAGAUUUGCGUCACCGUCUCAUCGGGUGAGCCGUCACCACCGCAGCAAUCAGUAUACAGAUGGUGCUGCGUGGAGCAAGUGGAUCAAGCCGAACCCCGGGCAAACAGGAGUAACGGGUGGCGCUAUGUAGGCCCGCGAGGGGUUACGUAUCGCCCCCAGGCGGUCUUCGGUGCAGGAUACCGGGUUCUUGGAAGUGAUCAAUCGCUGGAAAAUUUCCAAUCCUGGGCAAGAAGGAAGUGGCGGCGCGGCCUGGUCCACCCGAGAGAUGCCGAUGCAUGGAACACCGCCUUUAUCGACGUCGAGGGCGGUGGCCGCGGGCAGCUCGUAGUCUCAGCGGCGGAUGACACAUGGCGAACCAUCCUCUGCUGGGGAUCGGCGGGCAGAGAGAUCGAGGUCGAUCAUGAAGGCAUCCCGACUUCCUUGUCGAACCUCCAGGUCCGCGCCGGUAUUGACUCGCCGAGCCCUAGCUUCAGACAACUCAACAUCGCAUCCUUUGGUAACAGGGUUGGAUGUCGACCCUGUAACGGGAUCAUUCACGAUCUCGAUCGGUGGUGGACGGCGAAGGGAGAGGGUGCCACUGAACCGCUGAGGAAUGCGUUGGAUGGUGGUUACUACUUCCGCAACCUGUAUUCAGUGCUUCUGGGUCGAGACGUGGGGAGCGAAGAGUUCGAUACGUGGCUUGCGGGGGUAAAUGAACCGCCACCGCUCACCUUGCGAAACCUCGAGCAGUGGCUAAGUAUGACUAAGGCGAACGUCGUCGUGUGGUCACACAGGGGCUCUGGCGACAAUGUUCUUGGGCCAGUCGACGAAAAAACAAAUCUCCGGCCGCCAGCAUUACACGUUGGGGUUCGCGAGGGACACGUGUACCGAUUGGAGGUCGACGGGCCACGGAGGGACCGGUUUGGAUCAUCCUUGGACGUGGCCAUCGAGAAUAGUGUUAGAACUCAGCGAAGAUUCCGUCGGAUUGCCGAGGCCGUCGAAGAGGAAGAGGAACCGGACACCACUGGGUGUGGAAGCAGGACUUUUUUGCGUGCUACGGACAUCGAAAAAGAGAUCAUGUCCAUGAGCCGAUUAGACAAGGAUCACGACCCGCAGUCGGCGCAGAAGCGGAAGCGAGGAACAGACGCAUCAGCAUUCACGACGUGGUACUCGCCUCCGGGAACUGCUCUCGACGAAUUGAUGCUCCACCUGCACAUUCGUGGCAUCUCAUGCAGGGGGAAACUUACCAACUACCGCCAUUGGGACUCCCUCACCUUACCCUCACAUGGGAUCACUAUCCGAACGUGGUGCCCCGCAAGCGUGGGCGGGUUGGACCCGAACGACUUUCGACCAUGUGAGGCUACCCGGUUGAUUGAGCUGCAAAACGCGUUGGCCAGUCCCUCCUCGCCCUUGUCGAGAUAUGCUGGCGGACCAAUCGUCGGCGCCGAGCAAGCGUCUGGGACUUCGUACGGGCCGGAAGACUGGCAGUGCGACAUCAACGGGGCACACACGGCGGCCCUUUUGAGCAUGCACACGGUGUCGGUGUUCGCCCACAUGGACGAAGUGCAGGAGAUCGAUGCUGUCAUGGUUACGGGCAGUAACGAGGCCUUAGCUGUGGGCGGAAAGGUCGUACCGGUCCUCGGUGAAGUCCAACAUGUGAAGGCCGGCCUACGCACAGGCGACAAAGAGCUGGGCUUCGAACCACUCGCUACUGGGGACGCUCACCUUCGCUUCGAAGCGAAACGAACUUGGUUCGGCGACGGCUUCUGGGCCUUGGGUGAAGAAAUUCUCGACCAAACUCGACUGCAUGUGUUGGAGGUACGGAAUGCUCUUGAAUCCUGCGGCGCAUCAGACUUUAGCUACCAAUGUGACGCGGUAUUCUUCAAGGGAUCUCCCGCAGUCCAGGAUGAAAUGAGGCUCCGCUUUGGCCAUCUGUUCAGUGGUGAGCUCAAUACUCCCGGCACUCUCAAGUUUUGCCCAGCAAUGAAGAAUCCACAGACCUCCGAGAGUCGCGUCUUCCAUGGCAUCGAAACCAAACUAUCCCUGGGUGCGUUACCGCCCGCAUUAAGGCAAAUCCCAUGCCCGCCUAAACGGGUCCUACGGGUGGUUCCGCUGUGGGAUGGCAUUGGGACGAGCUUCCCAUCCAUGGAUGACACCCACAGAGCCUGGCUUCUCUCACCAAAGACCAAAAACUACAGGUUUGGCCGGAGUGUAAAGGCCGCCGACCACCAGCUCGGUAUCUAUAUGGGGGAUGAUUCUCACGUGAAGAAAACGGCGGGGUCGAUACGAACGCUCAAGGCUGACGUGAUCAUCAUUGAAGAAGCUGCUUAUAUGCCUCUGCGGACACUAAGCAUGAUAUUGGCUGCUGCCCAUUGCAACGGCACCCACGUGAUCGGGACAUACGACACGCACCAACUACAACCGGUUGAGGACAGUAGCGGUAUGUCGACAAGUAGGGACAAUGUGGACAGGAGGGUCGUCCUCGAAAAGGCUUUCCCCAUCUGCUUCCAUCUCUUCGCGCGCAAGCGGGAUAAAACUAUCGAAGAACAAGUGGAGAUGGACGAUGGCCUCUUGUAUUUUCUCGGCGCGGGAGCCGACCGUCACAUGGCACAGACACGAGCUAUCGAGAGGUUUGACUGCGGGGGCUCGACUUAUCACCAUAGCCCGUCAGAUUUUCACCUCGCUUACACUAGAGACUGCGCUCGAUUCCAUGCCUUCCGAGGUUUGUUGGGGUGCAACGAACUCGGUGACUGGGAUUCGCUUGGACACGCAAAGCUUGUCGGCGCACAAUAUCGAGACCUUGGAAAGUCGGGCAAGAUACACAAGAACCAUAUAUACAGUGUCGUUCGAUCCUCGGCAGAUACAGUCGUCGUCGCGAGUGCAUUUGACGAUGGUGCUAGUCUUGGGGAGACGUCACUCUGUCGAGCAGAAGCAGAAAACUUGUUUGAUCCUCCGGGAUCAUGCACAGUACACGCGGUCCAGGGCCGAACGGUCGAGGGAAAAUUGGUCAUCCACCAAGCCCCGACCGGUCCUUCAAACGUUUCAAUCGUGGAGGACGUGCACCGCAGCAAGAGCAACAUGUCCGACCGAGAGAGGGUGUCAUGGGUUUCUCGCAAGGUUUCAAGCUACAUCUACGCCGACGUUACGGCCGGCCGUCUUGGACCAGACGAGGGUAUGCAGCAUAGGGAAGCUCUUCUUGCCGAAGAUCUUCUGAACUCGUACGGAGGUAGAUGCUGCCUUUGCUCAUGUGAGCUUGUCUGGGCCGUUUACAGCGAACGCCAACCGACUCUCGACCGCCUUGACUGCUCUUUGCCUAACAUUGCUGACAACGUGGACGUCAAAUGCUUGAGGUGCAAUCGCGCUCGUGGUAGCCAGGGGAGAGGACGCACAAAAAAGAAAAAGAAGAUCUCGAUGUGCGCCAAAUGGCUGGAAGAGCACGAGAAUCCAAGCGAGGUGCUGGAUGUUCUGAGGAAGCUACACCCUGGCUCCUUAAACAAGAACGUCAGAAGGGUUCGGGAAGUUUGGAUACAAGCGUUCGGCGCCCGACACAAUGCAGGUCCCGUCAAGAUCGAAAUCCGACGAUUGCUCGCCCUUAUCAAGAAGAAAUCAUCCGCGGGGAAGAAGACGAAGGGGCGGAAGGAACACCUGAAACAGCUACAGAAGGCCUGGGGUCGCGUUGUGUCAUUCGAGAAAUUAGACCUUACCGACAACUGGUCGGCCCGACGCGCGAUACACUUGCGGACGGUGUCUUUCACUGGGCUCGCCGAAAUUGACGACCUCCUGAGGAAGGUGCGGUUGCUUCCGCCCUACGUCUCCCGCCCGUCAGAUUUUCACCUCGCUUACACUAGAGACUGCGCUCGAUUCCAUGCCUUCCGAGGUUUGUUGGGGUGCAACGAACUCGGUGACUGGGAUUCGCUUGGACACGCAAAGCUUGUCGGCGCACAAUAUCGAGACCUUGGAAAGUCGGGCAAGAUACACAAGAACCAUAUAUACAGUGUCGUUCGAUCCUCGGCAGAUACAGUCGUCGUCGCGAGUGCAUUUGACGAUGGUGCUAGUCUUGGGGAGACGUCACUCUGUCGAGCAGAAGCAGAAAACUUGUUUGAUCCUCCGGGAUCAUGCACAGUACACGCGGUCCAGGGCCGAACGGUCGAGGGAAAAUUGGUCAUCCACCAAGCCCCGACCGGUCCUUCAAACGUUUCAAUCGUGGAGGACGUGCACCGCAGCAAGAGCAACAUGUCCGACCGAGAGAGGGUGUCAUGGGUUUCUCGCAAGGUUUCAAGCUACAUCUACGCCGACGUUACGGCCGGCCGUCUUGGACCAGACGAGGGUAUGCAGCAUAGGGAAGCUCUUCUUGCCGAAGAUCUUCUGAACUCGUACGGAGGUAGAUGCUGCCUUUGCUCAUGUGAGCUUGUCUGGGCCGUUUACAGCGAACGCCAACCGACUCUCGACCGCCUUGACUGCUCUUUGCCUAACAUUGCUGACAACGUGGACGUCAAAUGCUUGAGGUGCAAUCGCGCUCGUGGUAGCCAGGGGAGAGGACGCACAAAAAAGAAAAAGAAGAUCUCGAUGUGCGCCAAAUGGCUGGAAGAGCACGAGAAUCCAAGCGAGGUGCUGGAUGUUCUGAGGAAGCUACACCCUGGCUCCUUAAACAAGAACGUCAGAAGGGUUCGGGAAGUUUGGAUACAAGCGUUCGGCGCCCGACACAAUGCAGGUCCCGUCAAGAUCGAAAUCCGACGAUUGCUCGCCCUUAUCAAGAAGAAAUCAUCCGCGGGGAAGAAGACGAAGGGGCGGAAGGAACACCUGAAACAGCUACAGAAGGCCUGGGGUCGCGUUGUGUCAUUCGAGAAAUUAGACCUUACCGACAACUGGUCGGCCCGACGCGCGAUACACUUGCGGACGGUGUCUUUCACUGGGCUCGCCGAAAUUGACGACCUCCUGAGGAAGGUGCGGUUGCUUCCGCCCUACGUCUCCCGGUUAGAGCUGACGCCCGAGGAGAAAAGCUUGCCAAGAAUAAAACGCCGAGAGUCCCUAUAG